AUGCACAGAGUCGCCCUCCGAAACUCCGUCCGCGCCGCCGCGCUGGCCGCUUCCAAAAGCGCUGUUCGCAGCACCCCGGCUGCCUCUCGCUCAUAUGCGACAGCUAAGGCCGCUGCGUCUGAGGUCUCUUCGAUUCUCGAGUCCCGCAUAGCUGGCACUUCUGUGGGCGCAAACGUUGAGGAAACCGGACGCGUUCUGAGCGUCGGUGACGGUAUCGCACGUGUCUGGGGUCUCAAGAACGUGCAGGCCGAAGAGAUGGUUGAGUUUUCCUCUGGCAUUCGCGGCAUGUGCUUGAACUUGGAGGCCGACAAUGUCGGUAUCUCCAUCUUCGGUAACGACCGUGCCAUCAAGGAGGGCGACACGGUCAAGCGUACCGGCCAGAUUGUAGACGUCCCCGUCGGCCCUGACCUCCUUGGCCGUGUCGUUGACGCCCUCGGCAACCCCAUCGACGGCAAAGGCCCCAUCAAGUUCGCUGAGCGUCGUCGUGCUCAGCUCAAGGCCCCUGGCAUUCUUCCCCGUCGCUCGGUUAACCAGCCCAUGAUGACUGGCAUUAAGCCUAUCGACGCCAUGGUGCCCAUUGGCCGUGGUCAGCGUGAGCUCAUCAUUGGUGACCGUCAGACGGGCAAGACCGCUGUCGCCAUUGACACCAUCCUCAACCAGAAGCGCUGGAACGACGGCACCGAGGAGGACAAGAAGCUCUACUGUGUCUAUGUGGCCGUCGGCCAGAAGCGUUCCACCGUUGCUCAGCUCGUCCAGACCCUGGAAGAGAACGACGCCAUGAAGUACUCCAUCGUCGUCGCGGCCACCGCUUCUGAGGCGGCUCCCCUGCAGUACCUCGCACCCUUCUCUGGCUGUGCUAUGGGCGAGUGGUUCCGUGACAACGGCAAGCAUGCGCUCAUCAUCUACGAUGACCUUUCAAAGCAGGCCGUCGCCUACCGUCAGAUGUCGCUCCUUCUCCGUCGUCCCCCCGGUCGUGAGGCCUACCCCGGUGACCGUGCUGCGAAGAUGAACGACAAGUUCGGUGGAGGCUCCCUCACCGCCCUCCCCAUCAUCGAGACCCAGGGUGGUGAUGUGUCGGCUUACAUCCCGACCAACGUCAUUUCCAUCACCGACGGUCAGAUCUUCUUGGAGGCUGAGCUCUUCUUCCGUGGUGUUCGUCCCGCCAUCAACGUUGGUCUCUCUGUGUCCCGUGUCGGCUCCGCGGCCCAGACUAAGAUCAUGAAGAAGUUCGCCGGUUCGCUCAAGCUCUACCUUGCGCAGUACCGUGAAGUCGCUGCCUUCGCCCAGUUCGGCUCCGACCUCGAUGCCUCGACGCGCUUCCUGCUCUCCCGUGGUGCUCGUUUGACCGAGCUUCUCAAACAAGGCCAGUACCAGCCGCUCUCCAUGGAGAUCCAGGUCCCCAUCAUCUACGCUGGUGUCAACGGUCUUCUUGACCCUAUCCCCGUCGACCAGAUCACUCGCUGGGAGGCCGAAUUCCGUGCUCACCUCACUGCCACCGAGGGUGCUCUCCUCACCGAGAUCGCCAAGGGUAAUAUCACUCCUGACAUUGAGGCGAAGAUCAAGAAGGUCGUAGAGGAGCAUGUUUCUUCGUUCUCCUCGUAA